AUGGUUUGUAUUUUCAUAUUUUUCAUAACUCAUGGAAUUGUUUGGAGCACUAUUUGUGAGCUGUUUUUAUAUGCUGAUGAGGAAAUGAGAGACUAUAUAAAAGAGGCUUUCAAGAAAGAUUACGGCGUCGAUUCUUAUGAUAUUGCGUUUUUGGGAGCACUUUACAUGGAAGGAAGCGACUCUGUGAAGAGACGAAGUUGGGCGGGAAUUCUGAUUCUGACCGGAAUAUCGACGUAUGCUGUCUCGUUGUACAUUGUAUUAGGGUACAAGAUAAUGCAAAAACUUCGUAACAAUCCAGCUCUAUCCGUUAAUACCCAAAACAUGCAUCGCCAGUUGUUCCGUGCUCUAUCGGUCCAGACCUGCAUUCCAAUCUGUAUCAGUUUCUCUCCAUGUAUGGUGGCAUGGUACGGGCCAGUUCUUGGUUUGGAACUCGGAAUGUGGAACAAUUAUCUGGGAGUCAUUGCUUUAUCUGCAUUUCCAUUCAUGGAUCCAUUAGCCAUUGUGUUUUUACUUCCAGGAUACCGUAACAGAGUGUUGAGAAUAGUUCCAAAACCUCAGAUUUCUAUAGCCACAAUUGUGACAAAGUCUUGGAAUAGAGGAUAUACAACAGUCACAUUUCUACAUAGACAGCUUUAA